AUGUUAUAUGUUACUAUAUUCAUUUGGAAGAGGCGGAUUACUUUAAAACUGCAAGCUCAUCCACUCUACCCGUUUCUUCUAUUGCUCAAUCGAGAUGAAUAUCAUAUACGACCAACGGAGCCACUACAUUGGUGGGAAGGUGGAAAAAUAUUGGGUGGCAGAUAUGUGACAGCCGACGGAACAUGGUUGGCUUCUAGCAGAAAAGGAAUGGUAGCUUUUGUUACCAACGUUCGUGAAUUGCACUCAAUAUUUGCUGCAAAGAGUAGAGGUGAUCUCCUAGUUCGCUUUUUGCAGAGCACGAAAAACGCCAUGGAGUUUACAGAAGAAAUUGCGAAGGAAGCAGAUGAAUACAAUGGAUUCAAUUUGAUAAUUGCUGAUCUUUUGUCCAUGAAUAUGGUUUAUGUAACCAAUAGGCUGAAAGGAGAUAAGUGUUAUGUAACUUCAGUUUCACCUGGGGUCCAUGUGCUAUCAAAUUCAAGUCUAAACACUCCAUGGACUAAGGCUCAAAGAUUGGAACAUGGUUUUAAAGAUGUUUUGGAUGAAUAUGGUGAAGGUGAAAUUCCAAUUACGAUGUUGAUUGAUAAACUAAUGAGAAACACUGUAAAAGAUGACAUCAGCAUGCUUCCCGGGAUCUAUGGUCUAGAUUUUGAGUAUGAGUUGAGUUAUGUAUUUGUUAAUACAGUAUCUCCAAAGGUUAUAGUAUGGAAACCUUUUAAAAGGGAGAGUGUAAAUGAAGUUGUGAGGAUGAAUGGUAUUGUCACAAUGGUCAUGAACAAGACACACAUCAUGAUGCUCAUGAAGAGAUUGCCUUCUGCUGUGAGAUCCAAUGGAAUUUCAACUGAAGCCUUCCUAAAGGCUGCAAUAACUGACAACUCACAUAUGUUCCACGACUUUGAUGAUGAAUUAGAAGGAGAUUGCAUCAAUGAUCCACUUGUUGGAAUCACAACCAAGGUUGAUCCACUUUACGCUUGUGAUCCAAAGAAAGGCGGUGAAUUGCCAAAGACGAUAGGAGAUUAG